AUUGAAUAGCCGCUACCGCUACCUGCCGGAUGUCGCUGACCGCACAUGCUUGGGAGCUGCGUGCGCCAGAGGAGGGCGAUGGUGAAGCGAAGACUGCCCGUUGCCACGUCUCUUUACUGGUGGAUGCGCCGCAACGAUCCCCUGCGGAUCUCUGUUUGGUCAUCGAUGUUAGUGGGUCGAUGCAGAUGCCUGCCGUGUUGAAGGACCAGGAAUCAGCCGUUCUCAGCAUUCUGGACAUUGUGAGCCACAGCUGCCGGACAGUUCUCCAGAGCUUGUCACCCGAUGACCGGCUGGCCAUCGUGACCUACUCUGACCAAGCACAGGUUGUCCUGCCACUGACGUGCAUGGACGCACAGGGUCAAGGGGAGGCCGAAGCAGCGGUGCAGAAGCUGAGGGCCGAUGGGCAGACGAACCUGUGGCAAGGCCUUGAGACGGCCUUGGAGCUUUUUCGAACCGCGCCGGACCAUGGUCCGGCACGGCGCGCUGCUGUUCCGGCAGCGCUGGUGCUCACGGAUGGAGUGCCCAAUGUGGAGCCCAGCGGGGGACAUUUGCAAGCGCUGCGGAACUACCGAGAGCGAAAUGGUGGCAAGUUGCCCUGUACAGUUCACACCUUUGGUUUCAGCAGCGACUUGGACUCCAAGCUCCUCGAUGCCUUGGCCGCCGGCGGCGGUGGCGGAUUUGUCUUCAUCCCGGACGCCGGCUUCGUGGGCACGGCUCUGGUGAACUGCACCGCGGGAGCGUUGGCGGCCGGCGGGAGGAAUGCCCGGCUGCAGUUGAGCCUGGGAGACGAGGUGAGCCUGGAAGGUGUCCUGGGCUACCAGCUGGAGGAGGAUGGGAGCCUCGAUUUGGGCUCCGUUCAGCUGGGCCAGCGGAAGGACAUGAUCUUGGAUUUCAAGUACUCCUCAUCUGCCAGCGAGCUGUGCCGCAUGUCAGUGAGCUAUGACGGCGCUGAGGGGGAGGUCACCUUGGAGGAGACGUCGUCGCUGCCGGGUCUGGACCCGCCCGACGCGGACGGUACAUAUCAGAGCCUUCGCCUGGAGACCUUUGAAGUGAUCCAGAAGAUUUUGGGCCUGGAGGCCCUGGCGGAUGCACAACGAGAGGUGGAGCACUUCAUCGAGCGGUUGAAGGAAGCCAAAGCAGGCUCCGACGACGCGCGGCUGGAUGGACUCCUGGAGGAUGUGCAAGGUCAGGUGAGCGAGGCCGUGUCCCGUGAGGACUGGUACAGGUCAUGGGGCGUUCACUAUCUUCGGUCCUUGGCCCGAGCGCACCUGGGGCAAGUCUGCAACAACUUCAAGGAUCCUGGAGUGCAGUGCUAUGGGGGCGAGAUCUUUCGAGAGGUCCGCGACGUGGCGGAUGAGAUCUUCUUGAAGUUGCCCGCAGCCAACCCCGCCAUCCGAAGCCAUGUGGAGACGCUCACGGCGCUAGGCUUCUCUGAAGAGGAGGUCCAACGAGCGUUGGAGUAUGCCUACGACGAUGUGGAGAUGGCGGCCACGUAUUUGAUGGAAGGCUUGCCGGCCUAUCGCCCAGGCCUACACCCUGGCCGUGGCCAUGCGCCCGGUUCACCACCGGCGCCGCGCACGGUGGACAUGGCGGCGUACUACGACGCUGCAGGUGGAUGAGUGCUGGCAGCGCACAGCGCUGGCAGGGCGCCGUAUGCCAGUCAGGGAUGCCGAAAAUGCCGUGCAGCUGGCGUGUCCGGCAAGCUUCGCUCAACUGGAGCGAGGAAAAA